UAACUUUCAAAUUUGAUUUCUACAAUAUAUAAGAAAUGAACACAGCAUCGACAAUUCGAUGUAUAUCAAAAAAUGGAAUUAAAAGUUUAUUCUCACCUCUUGUACAAAGAGGUGUAAAAAUAUCUGCCUACAAUGCAAAUUAUGCUGAUGUUGUCAUUGCUGGGGGUGGUAUGGUUGGAACAUCACUGGCUUGUGCGUUAGGUUGUUCUGCUGCAUUCAAAAAUCAAAGCAUAUGUCUUCUUGAAGCUAGUCCAGUUACUGUAAAAAAAGAUUGGACCAGUGUCCCAUAUGAAAACCGUGUUUCUGCCAUUACACCAGGAUCAAAAUCUUUUUUCGAAGGUAUUGAUGUCUGGGACAAGAUCUCUGCUAGAAGAUAUCAUCCAUUUCAACAUAUGCAUGUGUGGGACAGCAGUUCAUCAGGGAGUAUAUCUGUUGAUUCCAAAGAUGUUCAUGAAGACAACAUUGCUUACAUAGUUGAAAAUUCUGUCAUUGUUGAAAGUUUGUUAGAGGCUACACAUGAAUCAGACAAUGUCCAAAUCAAAUAUGAAACAAGAAUCAACAAUGUUGACUUUCCUGUAGCAGAGGCAGGUAAUUCAUACACUGAGGAUUUGGUAACUGUUCACCUAGAAAACGGAGAUAAGAUUCAGACCAAGUUACUGAUUGGUGCAGAUGGGUUUAAUUCAUUCGUUCGGGGAUCUGCUCAGAUGCAAACCUGCGAUUAUGAUUAUAAUCAGUCUGCUGUUGUUGCAACAUUAAAAAUAUCAUCAAAAGAUACAAAGAAUCAAACUGCUUGGCAAAGAUUUCUUCAAAAUGGUCCAAUUGCUCUUUUACCAAUAGAUGAUAACUACAACAGUUUGGUUUGGUCAACUUCCAAAGAGCAUGCAAAGCUGCUAAUGAAUCUCUCAGAGGAUGAAUUUGUAGAGAGUAUAAACAAUGUAAUUCAAUCUUCACACGAAACAAAUACUCUCGUUGAUACCGUUGCCAGUUAUGCAAAAUAUUUAAUCACUACCAUUCAGCCAGGUCGAUACGCUUCUAAUUUUCUUGUUUCACCACCUAUCGUUACUGAAUUGCAAGAUAAAAGUCGUGGGAUGUUUCCACUGGGUUUAAAACAUUCAACACAUUACGUAAAAUCGAGAUUAGCUCUUGUUGGAGAUGCAGCUCAUCGAAUUCAUCCAAUGGCAGGACAAGGUGUCAACCUUGGGUUUGGUGAUGUUAGGUGCUUAACACAAUUGUUAGAAACUGCUGUAGAUCAUGGUGAAGAUAUAGGAGCUUUGGAGACGCUUCUUCCUUAUGAAACCGAAAGACAAAGGCGUGUCAUCCCAAUCAUCUCUGCUAUUAACGCUCUAAAUAGUUUAUUUUCGUCAACGUCGACUCCAGUCAUAUUGGCCAGAGGUUUAGGAUUGCAAGCUGCCGAUGUUAUGUCACCUAUUAAGGAUCGAAUAGUGAAGUACGCAAUGAAUUAAGCAUCAAGCAUUAAAUUUCUUACCUGCAGAGAAAAAGGCUCGAGCUGUUUGUAAAUACUUAAAUUUUAAAUACAUAUUUUUGUCUGUGUCA